AUGAAAAACGCGCAGCCACCCACGAAGAAGAUGAAGAAGAAUAAGAAGGGAAAGGUAAAUUAUGGGUUUUCAAUUAUCAUGAAACACGCGCAGCCACCCACGAAGAAGAUGAAGAUGAAGAAGAAGGGAAAGGUAAAUUAUGGGUUUUCAGUUCCACAAGAGAUUAUCCGGGAGAUACUGAAAGAACUUCCUGUGAAAACCUUACUGAGAUUCAGGUGUGUUUCCAAGCUCUGGCACUCCAUAAUUGACGAUCCACUCUUUGUUCAGUCGCACCAUAAUCUGUCCAUCAUUCGGCCUGACGGUAUCAACCUUCUCUUCAACUGCAUAUGGAACCCUAGCACCAGAGAACGCAGAAAAGUUCCACGCACAACGAUAAGCAGUCCAAAAACUAUUGAUAUACGAGUAGGACACAAUCCAUUGAAAGUUAUAUCCUUCAAUCUUUUAGGGUUUGAUCCUUCUAGUGGAAAACACAAAGUACUUAACAUAAGCGAAACUAUAUGUACACCGGAAGAAUGUGAUGACGAUUUUAAUGAUGAUGGUGAGGAGGAAAUCCAUACACAGUUCAAGGUUUUGACUCUAAGCAGCCAUGGUGGCGAAGCCUCCACGUGGAGAGAUAUUGAUAUUGAUUCUUCUGUUAAUGGUACUCUCCCGCAAGAGCGUCAAUUAGACCAAUUCUUUGCAAAUAGAUUCUUUUCACCUGACAGAUUCGCAGCUGCUGAAAGCGCCUGUUGCAUCAAUGGAACUAUAUAUUGUCUAGGAAGUACGUUUGACGAUCUGAACAAUCUGAUAUUGGCUUUCGAAGUUGGACCUGAGAGUUUGAAAAUCAUGCGAUUUCCCCAAGGAGCCACAUCAGAUUCUUGUUUUGCAAUAGAUGUAAGAGAAUGUCUGGCUUUGAUAAAUUUUGAGCUGACCAAAAUUUGGAUACUAGAAGACUAUGGCAAGCAACUCUGGAAUAUGCAGAUUCUCUACAUACCACUUUUCUUGAAACAGGCGGUACCCAUUGCUACCGUUCGUAGCACGGGUGGUAAGAUUUUAUUUCAAUAUGACACAUCAAAAUUCUUCGAUUAUGAUCUGGAAAGUGAGAAAGUGAAAAAGUGA